AUGCAACAAACUCUCGCUGCCCUUGCUGCAAUUGCAGCUGUGGCUGUCGCCUCCCCCGUUGAGCCCAGAGCCAGCGUCGGCAAUGUCAAGUUCUCAGUCCCUCAGGUUUCUACUGGCAACACCAAGGUCGCUGCUCCUCCCCUCGCCUUGGCCAAGGCCAUCAAGAAGUACGGUGGUACCCCUCCCACUGUCGUCCAGGAGGCUGCCGCAGCUGCUCAGCAGAGCGGCACCGUCACCGCCACCUCUUACAAUGGCGACUCCGAGUACCUCUGCCCUGUCUCGGUCGGUGGUACCACCUUGAACCUCGACUUUGACACUGGUUCAGCCGAUCUCUGGGUCUUCUCUACUCUCCAGUCCUCAUCUCAGAGAUCUGGUCACGCCGUCUACAACACCGCCUCGGGCCGCAAGCUCAACGGUGAGACCUGGAGCAUCAGCUACGGUGAUGGCUCCGGUGCUUCUGGUCUGGUCUACGCUGACAAGGUCGUCAUUGGUGGUGUCACUGCCACUUCUCAGGCUGUUGAGGCUGCUACCUCCAUCUCUGCUCAGUUCCAGCAGGACACUGACAACGACGGUCUGGUCGGACUUGCCUUCUCGUCCAUCAACACCGUCAGCCCUGACCAGCAGACCACCUUCUUCGACACCGUCAAGAGCACUCUUGCCCGCAAGCUCUUCACUGUCGACCUGAAGAAGGGCGGACCCGGAUCCUACGACUUCGGCUACAUUGACACCUCCAAGUACACUGGUGCCCUCACCUACGUGAACGUCAACACUGCCAACGGCUUCUGGCAAUUCACCACCACCGGUUACUCCGUCGGCAGCGGCGCCACUGUUUCCACCUCUUACUCUGCCAUUGCCGACACCGGAACCACCCUCAUGCUUCUCCCCGACUCCGUCGUCAACGCUUACUACGCCAAGGUCUCCGGAGCCCAGUACUCUAACAGCCAGGGUGGUUACAUCUUCCCCUGCUCUGCUACCCUCCCCAGCUUCUCCGCCGUGAUCGGUGGCAAGAAAUUCACCGUCCCCGGCAGCUACAUCAACUACGCCCAGGUCACCUCCUCCCAGUGCUACGGCGGUAUCCAGUCCAACUCUGGCGCUGGCGGCGGCCUUUCCAUCUUCGGUGACAUUUUCCUCAAGAGCCAGUUUGUUGUCUUCUCCAUGGAGAACUCGACUCCUCAGCUUGGUUUCGCUGCUCAGUAA